CUGAGCAUCCCUCCGCCCCUCUUGCAUUUGUCUUAAUUCUUCUCAGAGACAAGAUGGCAACGCCGGCGGCGGUAAACCCUCCCGAAAUGGCAUCAGAUAUUCCUGGCUCGGUGGCCUUGCCAGUGGCUCCCAUGGCGAGUGGACAAGUGAGGAUGGCAGGAUCCAUGCCUUCCAGAGGAGGAAAGCGUCGCUCUGGAAUGGACUUUGAUGAUGAAGAUGGGGAGGGGCCCAGCAAAUUUUCAAGGUAUGAUGGUGAUCAAAUCACUGGUGAUAAGGAAAAGUUUGCAAGGGAGAAUCACAGUGAGAUUGAGAGGCGCAGGAGAAACAAGAUGACCCAGUACAUCACCGAGCUGUCGGACAUGGUGCCCACGUGCAGCGCCCUGGCUCGUAAGCCCGACAAGCUGACCAUUCUUCGCAUGGCUGUUUCCCACAUGAAAUCCAUGAGGGGCACUGGAAACAAAUCUACUGAUGGAGCUUACAAGCCUUCCUUUCUUACAGAACAGGAACUGAAACACCUUAUCCUGGAGGCUGCAGAUGGGUUCCUGUUUGUAGUUGCAGCUGAGACGGGAAGAGUGAUCUACGUGUCAGACUCUGUGACUCCUGUGCUGAACCAGCCCCAGUCAGAGUGGUUUGGCAGCACUCUGUACGAGCAGGUUCAUCCAGAUGAUGUGGAAAAGCUGCGAGAGCAACUGUGUACAUCUGAAAACUCCAUGACAGGACGAAUCCUGGACUUGAAGACGGGAACAGUAAAGAAAGAAGGCCAGCAGUCCUCCAUGAGAAUGUGCAUGGGAUCCAGGCGCUCCUUCAUUUGCAGGAUGAGGUGUGGAAAUGCUCCUCUGGAUCAUUUACCUCUGAACAGAAUAACCACCAUGAGAAAAAGAUACAGGAAUGGCCUGGGCCCAGUGAAAGAAGGUGAAGCUCAAUAUGCUGUUGUCCAUUGCACUGGCUAUAUCAAGGCUUGGCCACCAGCAGGAAUGACUAUACCAGAAGAAGAUGCUGAUGUGGGACAAGGUAGUAAAUACUGCCUCGUGGCAAUAGGAAGGCUUCAGGUGACCAGCUCUCCCGUGUGCAUGGACAUGAACGGCAUGUCGGUGCCCACGGAGUUCCUGUCCCGCCACAACUCGGAUGGAGUCAUCACCUUUGUGGACCCAAGGUGCAUCAGCGUCAUUGGCUACCAGCCCCAGGAUCUUCUGGGGAAAGAUAUUUUAGAGUUCUGCCAUCCUGAAGACCAAAGCCAUUUGCGAGAGAGUUUCCAACAGGUGGUGAAACUGAAAGGUCAAGUCCUGUCUGUGAUGUAUCGGUUUCGCACCAAAAACCGGGAGUGGAUGCUGAUCAGAACCAGCAGCUUCACCUUUCAGAACCCUUAUUCUGAUGAGAUUGAAUACAUCAUCUGCACCAACACUAAUGUCAAACAACUUCAGCAACAGCAAGCAGAACUCGAAGUACAUCAAAGAGAUGGGCUGUCAUCCUAUGACUUAUCUCAGGUGCCUGUUCCAAGUAUACCAGCUAAUGUUCAUGAGGGUGGAAAGUCUGUGGAAAAGCCUGAUGCUAUCUUCUCCCAAGAGAGAGAUCCUAGAUUUGCUGAGAUGUUUGCUGGAAUAACUGCUUCAGAUAAAAAAAUGAUGGCCUCUGCAUCCACAGCAGGGAACCAGCAGCUUUACUCACAGGGAAGCCCAUUUCAGCCAGGACACUCGGGAAAGACUUUCAGUUCAUCUGUGGUGCACGUGCCUGGUGUCAACGACAUCCAGUCUUCCUCCUCGACGGGCCAGAACCUGACCCAGAUAUCCCGGCAGCUCAACCAGAGCCAGGUGGCCUGGACGGGAAAUCGCCCACCGUUUCCAGGACAGCAAAUUCCAUCUCAGUCUGGCAAGGCUCAGUCGUCUCCCUUUGGCAUUGGAACAAGUCACACCUACCCAGCUGACCCAUCAUCUUACAGCCCCCUGUCCAGCCCAGCCACCUCUUCUCCAAGUGGGAAUGCCUACUCCAGCUUGGCAAACCGAAGUGCAGGCUUUGCUGAAGGUGGCCAGAGCAGCGGGCAGUUCCAGGGCAGACCGUCCGAGGUGUGGUCGCAGUGGCAGAGCCAGCACCACAACCAGCAGAGCGGGGACCAGCACUCGCACGCGCAGCCCAACCAGAGCGAGGUGUUCCAGGACAUGCUGCCGAUGCCUGGGGAUCCAACACAGGGUACUGGCAAUUACAACAUUGAAGAUUUUGCUGACCUGGGCAUGUUUCCACCAUUUUCUGAGUAGCUUGUGAAGCAGAAAUGGAAGUUCUUCUUCUCCAAGGCCAUUUCAGUGUAAUUUUGGCGCUGCUCUUUCUGUGUUGCAUUUCUGUAGAAGCUACUAAACCAGAAGACACAUUUCUCACAUUUCAGAUAGUGGUGUAGGGCUUGCUCUCUCCUCCUUGGGGUGCAUCAGUGCCAGCAGAGGAGCUCCAGCACUUGUUAGUGUUCAUUGACAGCUCCAUUGUUUGGGUUUUUUUUAUAUUUUAUUGUCAUCUACCUCAGAGAUAAAAAUUUUGCUUGUUUUAAAAAAAAAAUCUCUGAGUCUCAAAUAUUUGAAUGUGAAUGAUGCAUAAUAUUUCCUUUGAAUGGUAAUUUUUCAAUAGAUAACAAAGUAACAAAGACUAACAGAGAAAAGGUAAGGUCAUGUCUCGUUACAGUGCCUACCGCUCAAUUUCGAUGCCUUGCUUUAAGCUUAAGUUUCUGAAAGCAGACACAAUAUUCUGUUUUCUUUGAUUCUUGUAGGUUUUAGGUCACUUUAAAUGUUGAGAUUAAGCAACAUAAUGUAGGCCUCUCUCACCAGAAGAUUCAGCUCUGCCUUUUCUAACUUAAACUUGAAUGUGUGUACAUUUUGGUACUUUAUGUAUAUCUUGUGCUGUAUGAAGUGAUUUCUUGUACUGGUUUCUUUUGCCUUUACAAAGGGUCCAUUCUGGAGUGUACUGAAAAGGUUGAUGGUGUAUGUGAAGGAUUUGAAUAUUGUGGGAGUCUCCAUCACUUCACAUAGGUGUUCUUACUUUUAAUUCAGGUGGUUCUCUGUUCAGAACAAACAUUUACUUACAUAAGCUAUUAGUCUGGUUUUGCACUGAAUUGAGGCCUAUAACCUUGUACAUUUCUCACUGGCUGCUUUAAUUAUUAUUGUUCUUGCUUUCCCAAAAAUAUUGCCUCUUAAAAAAUGACUGUAAACACAUCAAGAUUGCAUUUUCUAUAUUAGCUGCAUUUCCUUUCUGUGAAGUACUUUUUAUACUGUGAAACCUCACAUUUUAACAGUGGAAGGUGGUGGCCUGUUACUAGGAAAUCGUUCAAGCUCAUUUGCUGCAAACAGCGAGAUGGUUUUGUAGUGUAUAAUUUUUUUAAAGUGAGUUGGUAAUAGAUAUUGAUUGGACUAUUGUCCACUGCUUACACAGUGAUAACUUGAAUUUUUGCUUGGAUUCCCAAGCAAAUGCUUCUGCUAACCCUGUUCUGUUAAAAAUGGGAUUUUCAGCAUACCAGGUUUGUUGAGGACUCUUGACUGCUCUGAAUGUUGUAUGCUUUUCCACAGAGGUAAGUUAAUCACCUUCCUCUUGGGCGAGUCACCUGCCAUAUGUCUUCAUGAGAGAUGUGGUAGGAAUCUUUUUGUUCAGUAUUUCAUAUGCAUGAUGAGUUACAGAGGUUGGAUUGUGAGGAUUUUAUCCUGAUCAUUUCUUCCAGGAUGAGAGGAAAAAGAAUCACAAAGGCCCAAGUUCCUGCAUACAGGUUGUUCAUACCCUUUGAGGUUGGGUGCAGAGCAGGAAGAGGCAGCUUCCCUCAGCUUUUGGACAUUCAGGGGCUAUCGUGGACCUGGGAAAAGCAGCCCCAGGGCAGAGACCCCAUCCAGAAGAUCUCAGUGUGUGCAGUGAUUCUUAGACUUCACAGGAUUAAGCUCCUCCUCUCAUGGCUCCUCUGGAAUUCUGGGGUGUCUCUGAGUGGGGACAGGGUGCACAUCACCACAGUCCGUGUUUUUUUUUGGUUCAGGUGAGCGUGGCCCAGGGACAGGGCUGGCACAGAUGGGGCUGUGCCCGUCUGACACUGCGGUCCCAGCCUUCUCCCAGAUCAGCAUGUCAUGUUCAGUAGCCAGGAAGAGUCCUCUUUACUAUUUCUCUCACUAAAUCUGGGACCAAUCUCUUACCCUAUGUGCAAGUGGGGCUAGGGAGUCUUUUUUUUUAGGACAGUUUUGUGUAUCUCUAGAUGAGGUACUGGAGAGGCCUUGGAUCUCCUGAUCUGCACUUGCCUCACCGAAUCACACUGAGAACAAACAAAAAUCUUCCUAUCUCUUCUCCCCCAAAGAUCAGGAAAAUACCAUCUGAGGUGAGCAAGCCAUGUGCUUAGGCACUUUGCUUUUAAAUCCAUGGAUGUUUAUUCUCUUGGAGCCAUCGCCCUUUCCCCUCACGCUGCUCAGAUGAAUGACUGCUCAUGGAAUUGGAGAGGCAAAGCUCUGCUGUGAAGUUCACUGGUGUCUCUAAGAGGUGCCUGAGUGCUGCACCAGUGAGUGAGGUGCUCAGUGUCUGUGCAGGGUUUGAAAGGGCUGUUCAUGAGGGAGGGAGCAGUAGGUGAGCAGUUUGUGUCUCUCCACAGAAGAUGCUUGACAUGAUAAAUGCCAGUUCUUCUGAAAUUUUUUAUAAUUUUUUCUGUAAAGUGGAUAAUGAAUUCAGCUAAAAAGUGCUGUUCCUGUGUUUUAUUUUACCCAACAAACUGCUCUGAGUAUAUUUAUAGUUUAUUUUACUUCCUGAAUUCAAUUUCAAAAUAAGGUUUUUAAAGUCAAUUUCUUUUUCCUGACAUCAGCAAUGAUAACUUCCUCAGUGUGUUGUGGGUUUUUUACUACUGAAGAAGGCUUCCCGUGUGCAGAUUUUGGUUAUGCAGUUCAGAGUGCACUGUUAGAAGAAAUUUAAGCACAUCUCUCUUUUUCUUGUUGUUUUUUUGAAGUCAGUGCACCUGAGGGAUCAGAGCAUGGACUGCUUCUCACUUUGUGGGCUCCUCUAGGGAAGGUGAUGGCUGCUCUGUUCAGGGCAGUGUGGGCAGUGCCAGCUUUGGGUUUGGGUUUUCCCUGUCAGCCCUCUCUGUUGUGCCAUCCCGAGCCAGCGCAUUUCCACCCUUGCCCUGCUCCUCUGCCUUUCCUGGCCACCCCAUCUCCUCCAGCCCGGGUGGGAGGCGUUGGGAAUGCCAUUCCCUGCCGGCGAGGAGGGAGCAAUUCGUGACUUUGGCAGCUUUGUGCUUCUGAGGCAGCAGCAGCUGCAGGAGAGGCUUUGCUGUGCUGCAGCCCUGGCCCCGCCGUGUCCUGCCUGCUCCCCCAGCCAGCUCCCCAGGUGCUGUGGCUGACAGA